GCGGGCGGUUCGGAAGUGCGGGCCGCGCCCUGAUGCUGUCGCCGGCGGCCACGCUCGGCGGCGUCGGGCGGGGUCGCCUGCAGCCUCCCGGUAUCGGACCGCCGCUUUUUGUGUUCCUUUGGCGGAUCCCUCUUAGAGGGACAACGGCCGGGCUGUUCCCCGACCGCUGCGCAUCGCCUGCAGGCACCACAGUGGUCUUCUGAGAGACAUUUGGGUAUCUGCGGAACUGAAAGGCACCCAGGCGCUUCCGUCCGGGUGUCCCAGGCUAGAGGUGAGCAUGGCAGAACAGGAGCCCACUGCUGAGCAGCUUGCUCAGAUAGCUGCGGAGAAUGAGGAAGAUGAGCACUCCGUGAACUACAAGCCUCCAGCCCAGAAGAGCAUCCAGGAGAUCCAGGAACUGGACAAGGAUGAUGAAAGCCUUCGAAAGUACAAGGAGGCCCUGCUGGGCCGAGUAGCUGUCUCUGCAGACCCCAAUGUCCCCAACGUCAUUGUGACCCGCCUGACCUUGGUAUGCAGCACUGCCCCAGGCCCUCUGGAACUGGACCUGACAGGUGAUCUGGAGAGCUUCAAGAAACAGUCCUUUGUCUUGAAGGAAGGUGUGGAGUACCGGAUAAAAAUCUCUUUCCGGGUGAACAGAGAGAUCGUGUCAGGCAUGAAGUACAUCCAGCACACAUAUAGGAAAGGAGUCAAGAUUGACAAGACUGACUACAUGGUUGGGAGCUAUGGGCCAAGGGCUGAAGAAUACGAGUUCCUGACACCCAUGGAGGAGGCUCCCAAAGGCAUGCUUGCUCGGGGCAGUUACAACAUCAAGUCCCGCUUCACAGAUGACGACAAAACUGACCACCUGUCCUGGGAGUGGAACCUCACCAUCAAAAAGGAAUGGAAGGACUGAGCUCCAGCUGGGAGGCGGGCAGGGCGACGGACAGACAGAAGGACCGACAUGCCCCACCCUAACCCCCUACCCACCCCAAACCAAAGUGCUGACAGGACCUCCCUCACCAUUCCUCCCUAGUCCACUCAGGCAGUCAGCUCUUCUGUCUGCCCCUCCUCCACCUCCUGCCCGCAGGCCCCUGUGGUCUCUAGUGUCACAUUGCUGCUUCUGCCUGUGCAGUGGGGGAGGGGCUCCAGCCCAGGCCUCCAAUCUGCUGUGUCCCUCCAGGUUCCCUCUGUCUGUCUUCCCUUCCUCAGGCCCUGGCUUCUAGGAUGGAACAGAACACUGUCAGGGUUGCCCAGCCCACCUUGUCUCUGUUCCCGCUGAGCAACCCUCAGCACGGGGAGGGGCUGGGCUGUCUGUCCUCUAGUCUCACCACUCCCUGGCCAGGUCAUCCAUCACUGUCAGUCACUGUCUAACCAUGAUGCCUUAACAUGUGGAACGUGUACUGGGGGCCGUCGCUAACUCUUAACUCCCCUGUCUGCAUGAGCAUGUGGUCUCCCUGUCCUUGCCUUGUCUGCCAUCCCCAUCCUGGUGACCUGCCCAAAGGAGGCCUGGGGUGUGCUGCUGUUGCUUCCUGCAGGCCUGGCCAGCUCUUCCCCUCCCCGUGGCCAGGGUUGGGGGUGGCUCCAGUAGCGAGGGGAGGGUCAAUUGCCAAAACUCAAUGCCUCCAGCCCCAUCUAGGAGGCAGGGUAGGGUGCCUCAUUCCUCUGCCUUCUCUGUCCCUUGUAGGCAGUACUCAGAGCCCCUGUCCCCACAGAGAGCCCCUGAGGGACAAAGCCAGCCGAGCCUUACUUGUCUCACCUGGGCCUUGUGGCCUGAACCUCGUGCCUGGCCUGUCAGUAUUUAUUGCCUCCAUUUGGGCCAGCUGGCCUGAUGCCUCUGCCCCGGUUCUUGGUGCCACCCUCCCUGGGCAGGCCCUCCCUGGGCCCAGCCAGGACCAAUGUGGGACCAAGUUCACACAGUUGGGAGCUGUCUCCUGUGCCUCCCCUCCCUAUCCCCAGUCCCUGUGUGGUGUCUGCCAGGCCCAGCCUCAACAGGCAGAGGAGCCUGUCCCUGCUUCUCUCUGACUGGGAAAUAAACACCCCUGAAGGAGUCUG